AUGGCUCUAUUCAGGAUCACCUCUACAAAAUUAAUUGAAAUACAGAAAGCAUGCCCGACGGCAUCAAUCUUGCUGAGAGGCUUGAGUGCGGAACAAACCAACUUAAAAAGCAUACUCCAAGAGAAAAUUCCUAAGGAACAGGACAAAAUCCGAGAGUUCCGCAAGAAACAUGGAGCCACUAAAGUCGGCGAAGUCACAGUCGAUAUGAUGUAUGGUGGUAUGCGAGGCAUCAAGGGCUUAGUAUGGGAGACGUCCGUUUUAGACCCCGAAGAGGGUAUCAGAUUCCGUGGCCUCUCGAUCCCUGAGUGCCAGCAACAGCUGCCUAAAGUCAAGGGAGGUGAAGAACCCCUCCCAGAGGGCUUGUUCUGGCUCCUCGUAACUGGUGAUAUACCCACCGAAGCACAAGUCAAGGCUCUAUCUAAGGAAUGGGCACAGAGGGCUGAACUUCCCGCGCACGUCGUAACAAUGCUCAACAAUAUGCCGAGCAAACUCCACCCAAUGUCGCAGUUCUCAGCGGCAGUGACAGCCCUCAACAGCGAGAGCAAGUUCGCACAGGCCUACUCUGAAGGCGUACACAAAUCUAAAUACUGGGAGUACGUAUACGAGGACUCAAUGAACCUGAUCGCCAAGUUGCCAGUGAUCGCGGCCACCAUUUAUCGUAACACAUACCGCGAUGGCAAGGGCAUUGGCGCCAUUGACGACAACAAGGACUGGUCGGCCAACUAUUGCACCAUGCUUGGCUUCGACAACCCCCAGUUCACUGAGCUAAUGAGAUUGUAUCUCACUAUUCACAGUGACCACGAGGGAGGCAACGUAUCAGCUCACACCACUCACUUAGUGGGCUCAGCUCUUAGUGACCCCUACCUGUCCUUCGCGGCUGGACUUAACGGCCUUGCGGGUCCUCUCCAUGGUCUUGCUAACCAGGAGGUACUAAUCUGGUUGGAGAAACUUCGUAAGCAAGUUGGUGAUGACUUCACGGAAGAAGGUCUGAAGGAGUUCAUCUGGAAGACCCUGAAGUCUGGACAGGUUGUGCCUGGUUAUGGCCAUGCUGUACUUAGAAAGACUGAUCCUAGAUACACGUGCCAACGCGAGUUCGCGCUCAAACAUCUGCCCAACGACCCCCUGUUCAAGCUGGUAGCAGCGGUGUACAAGGUUGUCCCACCAAUCCUAACUGAGCUCGGCAAGGUCAAGAACCCAUGGCCCAAUGUGGACUCGCACUCUGGUGUACUGUUACAGUAUUACGGACUGAAGGAGAUGAACUACUACACGGUGAUGUUUGGAGUAUCCCGUGCCCUCGGUGUUCUGGCUCAACUGAUCUGGUCACGAGCCCUGGGCUUCCCCAUAGAACGCCCUAAAUCAUUAAGCACUGAACUACUUAUCAAACAAAUUGGCAAG